UAAAACCCUAGCUAUGGCGGCCAUUUGACGAGCGCUCUCUCUGGCGGUCGUGAUGGCGCCUCUCCCACUUAUCGUGCGGAGCGCCGAAGGGCUGACGCUGCUAGGCGGCGAGAGCGAGAAGCUGCAGAGGCUUGCUUGCGCUGGAGCAUCGGUUAGCAAGGAUGGAAGCGAGCUAGCUGUGAUCACUGGCGAUGGAGUGGAUGUCUUUGAUCCAGUGACUUGCAACAAAAUCCAAUCUUUUCGGUUGGACGUUGUUGUUGCUGCUGUCUUCUCGUCGGCCGGAUCGUUUCUACAGAUCUUUCGAAAGGCAACCGGUCCGGAAGACAAGAAUGUUGGCAUCUGGGACGUGAAAACUGGGGAGGCAGUGGUUCUCUUCUAUCAGAAAAACUUUUCAAAGUCAAGCUGGCCGAUUCUCCAGUUCAGCGACGACGAUUCUGUGGCUUGCCGGCUUGCAACCAACUCGGUCCAGAUCUACGAUGCCAAAAACUUUGCAAAGGGUGCUGUCGAUCAUUUGCGUUUGCCUGGAAUUCAAGCUGUGAAACUUUCUCCAGCUUCUCCGUCCUAUCUCGCAACGUUUAUUCCGGAGAGCAAGGGACAACCGGCCGUGGUGCAAAUAUAUGAUCGUAAAGAGGCUAGCAAAUGUCAAGCACUGGCUCGACGUAGCUUCUUUAAGUCGAGUAGCGUCACCAUGACUUGGAACGCGGGCUCGACCGGAUUGCUUGUGCUAGCGGUCACUGACGACGAUAAAUCCAACCAAAGCUACUACGGCGACACCAAAUUGUAUUACUUGAAAAGCGAUGGGACUUGUGAAGGGACGGUUCCUCUGAACAAAGAGGGGCCUAUCCAUGACGCUCAGUGGUCCCCGACCGGCAAAGAGUUUAUUGUCGUCUAUGGCUACAUGCCUGCUAAAGCUGCUCUCUUCGAUACACAAUGCCGGCAGGUUUUUGAUUUUGGAUCUGGACCUUAUAACACCGUGCGGUGGAAUCCCUUUGGAAGCUUUAUCUGUUUGGCUGGGUUCGGGAAUCUUCCGGGUGAUAUGGUGUUUUGGGACCGGAACACGCUAAAAUCGAUUGGAAACACGAAAUCUCCCUGCUCAGUAACGUGUGAAUGGGCACCCGAUGGCCGGCUACUGAUGACGGCCACGACCGCUCCUCGAAUGCGAGUCGAUAACGGGAUAAGGAUCUUCAAGUACACGGGAGCUCUGUUGGAGGAACAAAAGAUCAACGAUCUUUAUCAAGCGGACUGGCUGCCUGGACAGUAUGUUGAGAGGCCAGCUUCGCCAGUUUCUGCCAAGAGUUCACAAAAAGAAAAACAACCAUCUGCGGCUGCUAUAGCCAAACCUGCAGCUUACCGUCCACCUCAUUCAAGCAUGUCGGCGUCAGUGCGUGCUCAGCUAUUUGGUGAAGAGGACUCCAAUGCUGGAAGUGGGUUGAGCAAAUCGGCUCUUAAGAACAAAAAGCGACGUGAGAAACAGAAAGAAAAGUCUGAAACACUUCCCGACGCACCAGAAGUCGUGAAGGAGGUCAACAGUGAGACAUCUUCAGGAGAUGAGUUUGCGAAGAAAAUUCGAGCUCUGAACAAGAAGCUGCGGCAGAUAGAGGAACUCAAGAACAAGUUAAGUGGGCAGACGCCAUCUCAAGAACAGAAGAGCAAGCUUCAGCAGGAGGCGUUAUUGAGGGAAGAAAUCAGGAAAUUGGAGCUCUCUUCAUAGAUGGUUCUGCCUGGAAUGAAGUUUUGUUUCGACAGUUAAACGCUGGUGAUUCGGAAACUCAAACGCGAUCAAGCGUGUACAGGAUGAAGCAGCGCGUCCUAGUACCAAUCUGCAAAGCUGAAGAGAGAUUUCUAAUGACAUAGCCUUUUCAAUUCGAACAAUUUUUAGUCAUUA